GGGUAUGAAACAAACCAUUUCACCGUAAGUCCGUAAAGGUUGGAUAAGUUUCAGUCGGGUGAAUUUCAUCACCUUAUAUUAUCCAAUUCGGGCAUGAGUCGGGUAAUCUGGGUCGGAUUACUCGAUCAAAAAACAAUAUCCGUGGACCGUGGUCUUUCACAUCUUGCAGAUAAACUAACUAUGGAGACAACAAUUUCCAUGGAUUGAACGAAGAAACGAAUGAAUGGGUUUCGCAAUGUCAUGUAUAGUAGGCUUCACAAUUACAUGCGGGCCCACAUCGGAAACCAGAGGAGGAGAGAGAAAGCAAGUUUUGGAGAAGUUGGACAAAGAAUUAGCUAAUGGAGACGAAAGGCUCGCCCUUUCCAUCGUCAAGCAAUCUCAAGGUCAGCCUGGUGGCCUCCGCUGCUUCGGCUCUGCCCGCCAGGUGCCUCAGAGACUUUAUACUUUGGAUGAAUUAAAGCUGAAUGGAAUUGAAGCUGCUUCUCUAUUGUCACCCGUGGACACUACUCUUGGUUCAAUUGAAAGGAACCUGCACAUUGCUGCGGUUUUUGGUGGUGGUGCUGCAUGGAAUGCCUUUGAACUUAGCUCCCAGGAUCUCCUGUAUAUCUCUUUGGGAUUGUUGUUCUUGUGGACAUUGGACUUGGUUUCUUUUGGUGGAGGAAUUGCCAGUUUGGCUCUUGACACAAUUGGUCAUACUAUCAGUCAAAAGUACCACAACCGGGUUAUUCAACACGAGGCUGGUCACUUUCUAAUCGCCUACUUGAUCGGCAUCCUUCCAAGGGGAUAUACACUUUCAAGUUUAGAAGCUUUGAGGAAAGAAGGGUCUCUCAAUGUUCAAGCAGGAACAACUUUUGUAGACUUUGAAUUCGUUGAGGAAACAAGCGUUGGAAAACUAUCAGCCACGAUGCUGAACAGAUUUUCAUGUAUAGCAUUGGCUGGUGUAGCCACAGAGUAUCUACUAUACGGAUGUGCAGAAGGAGGUUUAGAUGAUAUCAAUAAGUUGGAUGGAUUGCUCAAGAGCUUGGGGUUCACACAAAAGAAAGCAGAUUCACAGGUUAGAUGGGCAGUCCUGAACACCAUCCUUCUCUUACGCCGUCAUGAAGAGGCACGAGCAAAACUUACAGAUGCCAUGUCUAAGGGGAUGUCUGUUGGCUCUUGCAUCAAUAUAAUUGAAGAAGCUAUUGAAGAUGAAGACAUAAUACAAACUCCUUGACUUAUAUAUGCUGUGGCUCUGAAAUCUAGCAUAUAUAUAGAAUUGUAGGUUGCAUUCUUUUACAUUACGCAGCCUUCAUCCCAGGAAUACUCUCUUUUGUUAAUACUUUCUCUUAAACUUAAAACACAAUCAUACAUUUACAUGUUAUUAAUAGUCCAAAUUGUGAAUACAGAGUUAUACAGCAGACUGUUGCAUUUUCUCA